CAGUGAACAUGAAAACAAAAAACGGAAGAUUGAAGCCUUCAUGUUUAAUAGCUGUGGGCAAGGCCUUACGUGAGUUUACUGGUUGCCACGGCCACGGAAUCAACAAAGUGGUUUUUGAAUGAAACUCUCGACAGUCAUCCGAGUGGGACAAUGCAGAGGAGAUCGUUUUCACAUAAGAGGGUGGAUUCGUUCCACUCGUUCAAUGCCGCGAAAACAAAAUCUGCACCACUCAAGAGCGAAUGGGGAGAAAACUUCAUUAUGGACAGGUGCGGUCUGCCAUGCGUGCCUUCGCUCAAGGGCCGCGAAAACGUCCAGUUCAUUUCCCUACAGCACAAUUUGAUCUGUCGGAUCGAUUCUUUGGCCUCCUUCCGGAUGCUCAAAGUGCUGAACCUCUACGACAACAAAAUCGAACGGAUAUCGGGUCUUGACACGCUCACCUCUCUUCGAGUGUUGAUGCUCGGUAAAAACAGAUUGAAAACGACGGAAGGGCUGGAGUCGUUGCAGAGCCUCGACAUUUUGGACCUGCACGGCAACCAGAUCGCCGCUCUGACGGGUAUAUCGCGCCUCCGGACUUUGCGUGUGCUAAAUCUGGCGGCCAAUUCCCUCAAGAAGCUGCCCUCCCUUGACGGACUCCUCGCUCUCGAGGAGCUCAACGCCAAACGCAACCGAAUCUGCAAGAUCGUGCCGGAAGUGGCACACGCCAAGCGGCUCGAACGGCUCUACUUGAGCAACAACGAACUGCGUCGGCUGGACGACCUGAGCCCGUUGAGUUUCCUCAACGGAUUGAAGGAGCUCUCGCUGGACGGCAACCCGCUGACUUUUAACGCCAACUACGUCCUGUACGCGGUCAGUUCGAUGCGUUCGCUCGUUUUACUCGACCAAAAUGUCAUCUCUUGCGGACUGAGAGCCGAGGCGGAGACCUGGUCGUCUCAGCGCUUGCCGGCCAGCACAGCCAGCAGCCAAAUGGACAAGAUCAACCCGAUUGUGACUGUCCAACACAAGGCUUCUGCUUCCGGCGUUGCCAUCGGCACGAUCAAGAGCUCCGGCAUGUCCAGCAAGUUCCACCAGCGCAAUGUCGCCGUCGUCCGGCCCAUGAGCACGACACAUCAGCCGGAACAAGACCAUCACGAGACUCCGCCACAAGCGGAAGGUUUGACGGGGCAGGUUGGCAGCCCCCCGAUUGCCCACGAACCGCCCCGUUGUCAUAGCCCGGGUCCGAUGGCAUCGCCAUUAAAUCGUGUUUGGUCAGGAGCGGUGACCCUCCGCGGCGCAAGUCCUUCCGACAGAUCGCCUUCUCGGCGAUGGUGUGCAACGCGGCAGCGCCUCGUCUUCCGUUUCAGUCUCCGCCCACCGACAGCCGAAUGGAACGAGAAAAUCGAAAGGCGGACCACCGGAAAGCGAACGACCAGCAGCGGCGGUGGCGGCAGCAGCAAUUGUAACAGACGACGCGAUCGAUCGCGUGUCGCCAUCGAGUUUGACGAUUCUUCCAGUUCGUGGAAUUCCGACUCGGACGACUCGGAUACGGCGUCCACCGCGUCCACGCAGUCCAGGAAACCGGCCGCCAGGUUGCCCUGCCGCGUUUCAACUGCACCGACGGCCAGCGGUGCGACGAUGAACUUGAGUCGCGGCGUCUCGUCGAGCAAAGCGCCGACGUCGUUGGCCAAUCAGAAGCUGAGCGCCACGAUUGGGAUGAACAUCAAAGAGCAGUUGCGCGACCUGCGGAUUAUCGUCGGCGAAGAGGAGGUGCACAUUACCGGUUUGAACAUUGUCCGCAUGCUGCACAACAUGCACUGGUCGGCCGAUGAAGUGGAUUUGUUUCACAUGAUCGUCUUUUACGGCCUCAGCUUCGAUCAGCUGUGUCCGCAUUACGCGUCCAUCCGCAAACUGUUCCCCAACUUGCGCAAUUUCGCCUUCCGCAAGAUGGCCAUCCCGCCGACGUUGCGUCAGAUCAACGCCCUGGCCAAACUGGAAAGCUCGUCGUGGUUUCGAUGGACCAUCAGCGUCGAGACGCUCGUCCCAACGCCAGAGCCGUUGAGGGCCGCCUGGAAGUUGUACGCCAUUUAUCGGUUGCAUCCAUUCGGAUUGGAUCAGAUCGACGGAGAGCCGAUUGGACCCGAAGACGUGGCCAAUGCCGAGGACCACUACGAUACGCUCGAUGCUCUUGUCUUGUUAACAGCGCCAUCAACGGCCAUCCGGAGACAAUUUGAUCGGUUCCACGAUGCUGGACAAAGUCCGUCAUCGUCGUCUUCUUCUUCUGGAUCUUCGGACGUUGGCGGGGCUGCGUGCCAACAGCAGCAACAGUCACGUGAUAACGAGUACGGCCUCUUGAUGAGGAAGCGAGCCAUUCGUGCCACGUUUCAACCGUUCAAGGAAACGAAGCACUUACGAAAUCGUACAGCGCAUCUGAAAUACAUUGCCGAGUACGGUAUGGAAGUGGCCAUCAAGUUGAGUUUCCUGUCCCAAAACUGGGAACGUCUUUUGACCGACAUGGUGGAAACUGCAGCAGACGAAGUGCAAGACGAAGCUGUUUACAAGAGGACCAAGAUGGCUCAGAUGAGGAGCAACUCGAAUGCCUGAUUGGAAUAUACUGUUUUUCUUUUCUUUUUUUUUUUCCUUUUUUUUUCUAUUUAUUCAUUCAAACAAACAAAACAAAAUUGACAUAGAGAAUAUGAAAAUCUAGCUUUUGUUUUUUAUGCAAAUUUACGUGCUUUUCGUAUCGUUGCUGUGGUUAAUCAAUGUUAUUUUCGACCUUGCCAAAGAAAGGCAUAAAAUUACGAAAGAAACAAAAAAAAAAAAAAAAAAAAGAGAGGGAGAGAGACGUAAAAAAAAAAAGGAAAGUUGUGAAAGCGUAAUGUUGGAAGAAGAGAAAUAUACGUGGCAACGCCAAAUGUUCUUUACUUUCUCGCGCCUGUAUUUCCCAGGGUGUGUGAGUGUCUGGUGUGUGUCCAAGCAAAGUAAACACAAAAGAUGGUGGUGAGUUGUGCAUGUCGUACUGUGCCCUAUGUUACUCCACCCCUGCACCACGUUUUGUGUUGAAUUUCAGCGAAACGGUUGCACUGAGAGACGUCAGAAGGGAGAUAACAAGAAAUUCAACUAUUCGUAGAGAGAAAAUCGGAUUGAAGAAGGAUGACGAUGACUAUCGGUAGGAUAGCGCCAAUCAGCAACGUCGAUCAUCAAUACUGAAAAAAAACAA